AUGGCAAUUCAUUGGUUCAAGCAGCUGGGGCCAGAGCCGGGAGAGUGGUGGUGGAGUAGGAGGAGGCUGGGCUGCCGUGGAAAUCGCAGUGCGCACACACAGAUGAUCAGAAUACUGUACACAGGAGACGGCGGCGGUUUAUCGACAAGUUCGCCUUUGGAUUAAUGUCACCGUAAGGCACAAAUCUCUGCAUUCGUCAACAGACGCCGGGGUACAAGGAAAAAUCUAAUAUUUAAGACUUGUUGGAAGUAUAGAGCUUAGACCAACAUUUCCAGAGAUCAGUCCAAUAUGCUUGGAAAACUUGCUUGUUUUUUCCUGGGAGAGAGAGAUGGUGAUGACCGUGAUGAGCAGAGUGACACGAGUAACAUUCUCUAUGAGAACGUGGAAGAUGACUGGAUUAUUGUGGAUAUCCAAGCUCAAUAUCCAGCACUGAAACUGGAAAUGGAUCCACUGGAAAACCUACUGAUUGAGCACCCGAGCAUGUCUGUGUAUACCCUGAGGAAUAAGAACAGUGACAGCGGAGAAGAAGCUGAGUUGGAAGAGGAUCUGGAGAGUCUCAGGAUUGUUCCAGUUGUUUGUCAUGCCCCCAGAAGCAUAUUAUCUUUGAUUGGAAAUGAUAGUGUGCUCCAUAGAAAUCAUGUGCACUUCAUGCAGCGUGUCAGAUUACAUGCAGAGAGCAAGACACUAAGUCGUAAUCAUCUUCUGAGACAAAAUCGAGCAUGGAAACGGCAUUCUGGUAAAGAAAAAACCUCCCGAUGGUUUAAACAACCACGUCCACGCAUUUCCAGAUAUUCAAGGCAAUAA